AUGGUUCGGUUUAGGAAUACUUUAUUCUCUGACACUGACCUUAACCCAAAUUUGCCAAAUAGCUUUGUCUCUUUGUUGCAGGCAUUUGCCGAUGUCUUCCCUACUGACGUACCACGUGGUUUGCCUCAAUUACGUGGGAUUGAGCACCAAAUUUAUUUUAUUCCUGGUGCUAGUAUUCCUAAUAGACCAGCCUAUAGGAGUAAUCCUGAAGAGACAAAGGAACUUCAAAGGCAAGUAGAGGAGUUAUUAGCCAAAGGUCAUAUCCGGGAGAGUAUGAGUCCAUGUGCUGUACCAGUUUUGAAAGUUUUAUGGGGUAAAUUAGGCACAAAAUUAUUAUACUCUACUACUUGUCAUCCUCAAACUGAUGGUCAAACUGAAGUAGUAAAUAGAACAUUAGGGACCUUAUUACGUGCUGUUGUUGGUAAGAAUUUGAAAACUUGGGAAGAUUGUUUACCUUUUAUUGAGUUUGCUUAUAAUAGAACUACUCAUUCUUCUACUGGGUUUUCUCCUUUUGAACUUGUUUAUGGUUUUAAUCCUUUAACUGUUUUGGACUUAUUACCUUUGCCUUUGAGUGAUAUUGUUAGCUUGGAUGCAGAAGGUAAAGCUGAAAAGGUUAAAGCAAUGCACUUGAAAGCACGUGAAUCGCUUGAACAGAAAAAUAAGUUGAUAGCCCAACGGGUGAAUAAAGGUCGAAGACAACUUAUCUUUGAACCUGGUGACUGGGUAUGGGUUCAUUUGAGAAAAGAGAGAUUUCCUACUCAAAGAAAAUCCAAGUUAGACCCUAGGGAUUCGAGGACGAAUCUUUUUCAGGAGGGAGGGAAUGAUACGAGCCCUAUGGAACAAAUUGAGAACUGUCAUAUGCCAAUUGGUCCAAUUACAAGAGCAACAACUAAGAGAAUAAAAGAAGGUUUUGCAAACAUGGCUAAAUCAUGUGUUCAGGAGAUGCAUCAAGAAUUGGGCAAGACAAUGAUUAACGAUUAUCAAAAGCCACACGUCUUACUAUUUUACAAGAUGCAUUGAAGACUCUCAUUAGUCAAGAUGAAUUAAAAGAGACAUCACUUUCUUAGAAUUUAUUCUAUGUUUAUUUUAUUUUUGUUAUUUGUUUGUUUUAGGCCCAAUUAUGAUUUGGCCCAUAUUUUAUUCUAGUGAACUUAUGAGUUAGGG